UUACAUACUCCUCCCACUACCCCGUAACCACCAUCCACAACAUACCUCAACCUCAACGCUUGAAUGCCAACAACAUCCCAAUUCACUGCACAAAUAUGAGAAGGCCAUGGAAACAAUAUUAUAGCAAAAAACAUGACUUGUUCGAGUAUCUCCCGGACGAUCUUGUUGUCUUCAUUCUCUCUAAACUCAGCUCCACCGCUCCUUCUCCUUCUGAUUUCAUCAACAUCAUCUUAACAUGCAAGAGACUAAACCGGUUAGGCCUACACCGUCUUGUGUUAUCAAAAGCGGGGCCUAAAGUAUUCGCCAUAAAGCCCAAAAAUUGGUCAGAGCAUGCUCACUGUUUUCUCAAACACUGUGUCAACGCCGGCAACGUGGAUGCGUGUUACACUCUCGGAAUGAUCCGAUUUUACUGUCUGCAAAACCGAGGGAGCGGGCUCUCGUUAAUGGCGAAGGCGGCGAUGAAGUCUCACGCGGCGGCGCUGUACUCGCUGGCGGUAAUUCAGUUCAACGGGAGCGGCGGUUCGAAGCGGAGCAAGGAUCUAAGCGCCGGCGUGGCCCUAUCGAUGCGCGCGUCGCUGCUGGGCCACAUCGACGCCCUGCGCGAGCUGGGGCACUGUCUCCAAGACGGUUACGGCGUGCGGCAGAACGUGGCGCAGGGACGGCGUCUUUUAGUGGAGGCUAACGUGCGCGAGCUGGCGUGCGUGCUACGCGCGGUGGCCCCCUCGCGCUACUUGUCGGUGACGUGGCAGGGCCCGUUGCUGAGCGAGUACGGGUGCAGCAUCGCGGUGCCGGAGAUUCAGGCGGUGAAUUUGUUUCUGAGGGAAUGGUUCGAGUCCGGUUUUGGGAAGUUGGGGGAGGGUUUGAGGCUGUGCGCGCACAUUGGCUGCGGAAGGCCCGAGACCCGCCCCCACGAGUUCCGAAGGUGUUCCGUUUGUGGCAAAGUUAAUUAUUGCUCCCGAGGUUGUCAAGCUUUGGAUUGGAAGUUACGACAUAAAUUGGAGUGUUCCGCCACCGAACUUUACGAAAAUAACAACUUUCUGCUCCAAAACGCUCCCGUUUGACUUUCCUCUUUCAACAUCUUUUUCUUUUUUCUUUUUUCUUUUUUCUUUUUUCUUUUUUCUUUUUUCCUCUUGCAAUUGCUUUUUUAGUUGUCAAAUUAGGUUGUAUAGACAUAGGAUUAUGAAGAUGCAAGCAAUAUUUUGGUAGUAUCAUUAAUUACGA